GCUGACGUCCAACAUGGCCGCCACGACCGCAGCCGGCUGCUUCAUGUACUUCGCUUUCGGCAGCAACCUGCUGAGAGAACGGCUUCACCUCGCCAACCCGUCCGCGGUCUUCCUCUCCACCGGCCGACUGAAGGACUACGAGUUAAACUUCGGCCUGUGGGAUGAACAUGUGGACAACGCCUGGCACGGUGGAGUGGCUACUAUCCUGCCCAGUCCGGGUGCGGAGGUUUGGGGGGUGGUGUGGACGCUCAGCGACGAACAUAAGGCGACUCUAGACAAGCAGGAGGGGGUGAAUAUAGGGUGCUACUCACCACUGGAGGUGCAAGUGGAGACCCAAGCUGGACCUGUGCUGUGCAGGACCUACCAGAUGAACAAUUUCCACGCCUGCCUUCCGUCUCCCCAGUACAAACAGGUGGUGUGUCGCGGCGCGGAGCAGAAUGGACUACCUGCAGAGUAUUUGGAGAAGCUCGCAGCUAUUCCCACCAACAACUACACCGGACCGUCCAUCCUGGACAAGAUCAGAGUGCCCGAGAAGGAGCAGAUUAGCAGAGAGUGAGGAACGCAACUCUGUUUUAUAUACAUGAAGGGAAAAGGGUGAGUGGUGUGAUCUUAUCGAAGGAAGACUUUUCAGUCAGAAUCAGCUGCUAUAUUUAAUUUGAAGUAGUUUUUAUGUUAGUUUUUGACCUGAUGAUUGGGUUUGGUGAAUAUGAAUGAUGGUGAAUGUGUCAAAUGAGCUGUUGUUUCAUCUGCAUAAUUCCAUGAGCAUGAGGCAAAGUAUGAGUAAAAUUGGAAAUUUCAACAUAAAUGUAAACAUGGACAUAAAUAUGCACAUUUAUACAGCAAUAUCAAAAUGCACAGAAUUGUGAAUAUAGAUGAGGCAAUAUUUUAUUCUAGUUAUUCGCUAGAUGUACAUCCUACUUUUCCCAUUCCUAUCAUGAAUGUGUGACUUGCUUGGGGCAACUACUUUACCCCAUGAAGGCUCAGCUGCUGAAAAUUUUACCGUUACUGCCAAGAACGGCUGAAUCCGCUCUGGCUCUUUAGCAGUGUUGGGAGCCUGUGUGAAGCUAAAAUGUGAAUGGACCACAGUGGUGCAGUACAAAAUACAGUGCUUGGGGAAAUUACUGUUCAUUUGACUUAAUAAACGUUUUAUCUGAACUAAA